AUGGACCCAUGGAAACAGAUUGAACAGCGCUUGCAGAGCAGAGAUAAGCUAGAAAAACAGGAUUCAGAAUACUACAAGGCAUUCUCCCAGUUGGCUCGGCUACUACCGGCAAACGACCCGUCUUUGGCCGAGAAAGAACGGGUUCUGUUGGUGCUGGAGAACGAAACGUUGGUGGAACGGUUGAACCAGCAAACGCUACGGCUAGAGGCGCUGGAGUCGAAGGGAUUGCAAUUAGAGAAACGGAUUCGGGGACUUGAAGCAGGGAAUGCCAGGUUGAACCUGAAAAUAGAUGCUCUUGGCCAAGAGGUGGCAGAGAAGAAUAGGGCUGUGGAGAUUGUCAAUGACGAGUACUUGAUACACCAGAUCCAGCAGAACGUGCUUAAAGAUGAAAUAGCAGCACUUAAGGAGGAGAAUGCGCUGUUGGUGCUGCGGUGGAUGGCCCGGGUGGCCAAGGACGCCGAGUCCAUGAACCUCCAGAACGAGGAGGGAAGGUGA